UCUCAGGCUGCCCGUGUGGCCUUCCCCGAGGCCCCCCCAACCUCUCGGGCUGCCCGCUUGGCCUUCCCCGAGGCCCCCCAUCUUCCCAUGGGUGCUCUGGGCAGGGAGGAGGCCCAGCUGAAGCUGAGCCAGCUGCAGGAGAAGCUGGACAAGGAGGUGAGCCAGUACACCGCGGAGCUCCAGGUGGUGCAGAGGCAAAUGUGCCACUACGAGCAGCUGCACCAGUUCCUGGUGGCCAAGAACCAGGAGAGAUUUGUGGACCCGGAGGUGCAGGAGGCUCGGCGCAGGCGGGAGAGAGAGACAGCCGAGGGCCUCCGCAAGACCUCCCACGAGAAGGCCAUUCUGAAGUACCAGGAGGUGCUGGACAGGCUGACGGAGCUCACCGGCUUCAGUAACCCGGAGGACAUAUUCCGGAAGUACUUGGAAAACGAGGAAAAAAACUUUGCCGAGUUCAAUUUCAUCAAUGAGCAGAAUUCCGAGAUGGAGACCCUGAAGGAGGAGAUCCAGGAGGCCCAGGAGGCCCUGGAGAAGCUGUCCUUGGUGCAAAAAGAGGAGGAGACCGGCUUGAAGAAUCAGGAGCUACAGGCCAUGGAGGAGAUGAAGGUCUCCCUAUCUAACGAGGCCAUCGAGGUGGACUCCAAGUACCAGUCUCUGAACAACAUCCUAGGCCAGCUGAAGUCUGCCAUCCAGUCUUUGUUCUACAAGGCUAAGUGUGAUGACACGAAGCUCAAGGAGCUGCUGGGAGCCAGCCACAUGGGGGACAAGAUCGUCCAGCUUCUGCUCAGCCUCAUCGAGCAGCGAGUGAUGGACCUGCUGGCCGCCCAGGCCUUCCACGAAUUCUCGGAAUCUAGCACCUACAAUGCCCAGGCCACGGCCCUCAGGCUCCUGGGCCAGAGUGAGGAGAUGCCCCCCAAGAAACAAGUUCUGCCACAGCCCCCCACCAAUGUGGAAGAUCCUCUGGGUCUGGAGCAGAUAGACGACCGGCCCCUGACUCUGGAGGAGAUCAAAGCCCAGAUCAUGAAGUCGAUAAGGAACAAGGAACAGAGCAAGAGGGGAUCAGAAAAAAUCGGGUAAACCGAGGUUCAGCCUCCAGACUAAGGCUCGGGCCUCCCUCUGCCUGGAGAUCCUGUCCUCUCUGGCCUCCCAGCUCUCUCCUGCACCUUCCCUGGGGCUUCUCAGCAUUCUGCCUCUGCUUCUUCAGCCCUGCAGGCCCUGAUGUGCCCAUCACUGUGAGCCUCGUGGUCUGCUGGCUGUCAUGCCUCCCCCUUUCGCUGGGUCUUUGCCUCCUCCCAUCCCUUCCAAAGGGCAGAGGAGCCCACGUGGCCUAGAAGGGGUGGAGAGGGGCGAGGUGGGUCCAGGGAUGCUGUGACCUCCGAGAAUAAAUGUGUCUUGUCCCAGAAGGGCUGGUAAGAUGGCUGUCCCGUCAGCUUUGAUUUACUUUCGGUCCAAUUGUUAUUGUUGAGUACCUACCGUAUGGCAGCCUAUGGGCUAGGAACUGGGUGCAGAUGUUUUAUUUUAUUUUAUUUUGACAAUGGGGUUAAGUGACUUGCCCAG